AUGGAUUCUCGAACUAAGCUUCUCUUGUUCUGCUUGAUACCGAUUGCAAUCAUUUCAAUCACUCUUUCAGCCAUUGCAUGGUCAAAAAUUGUUACUCUCUCAUUGCCCGCUCCGCUCUCCCUGCCGGUGUUCAACACAUUGAUCCCGAUCGUGGCGCCCAUCCUUACUCCAUUGGCGGCCAGAUUCGCUAUUGGAGCCCGAAAGACUGCGGCCACUCUGCUCCUACCAUAUCUCCGAGAACUAUGGAUGUCCAUUCCCCUGAUCCUCUUCGUCCUGGCAACGGUCUACGCCGCACCCUCGGACCUAUUGUCUUGUGGAAUGCAGACACGGUGGGGCCAUCUGUUUCAAAACAAAGAUGAGCAAGGUAUUCGCGCUAUACAGACAGCAUUAUGCUGUUGUGGCUUCAACUCUCUGCAUGAUCGGGCAUGGCCGUUCCCGAGUCGAGAUGUGGACGCCGGCGCCUGUGAGAGGACACAAGGGUACACGAUCAGAUGUGCGGAUCCGUGGCAGAGGCAGGAGUCGACGGCAGCGGCGCUGACGGCGUUGUCGAGUGUGCUGAAUUGGAUUUUGCUGCAUGUCGUCGAGAUGCUGGUGCAGCAGAAUCGGCGUACAGCAUCUUUUCCAGCCAUCUCUGGGGCAGCGACGGAUCAAACACGGCUAAUCGGAACCGAAGGGGAUGAAGAAGAUAGGGGGGAAAAUCUUCAUCAGACUUAUUCGGGAGCGGAAUAA